AAUUUGACAUUACAAAUUCUAAAUUCUAACCUCAAAUUGAAUUUUCAAGAAGGUAUUGUUUAUUUUUGUAUCUAUUCCCAUAAAGUUACAGAUAUAUCGAAAAAUGUCUAAUAGCCAACUAUUCCUGAAGCCCGGCUUCGUUCGGGCACCUCUGCAAAACGGCGUUGGGCGAUACGUGUGCCAGUUGCAAAGAAUUGUGUUCAAAUUCUGCAAGAACCAUGGCUCCAGUCGAGGCAUGAGAGAAUUCAUUGAGCAAGAUCUGGUGGACUUUGCCAAAGAGAACCCCGGAGUGGUUGUGUACUUGAAGCCUCGCAGACACAGGGGCCCCGUCGUUGUUGCAGAAUACUUAAAUGGAGAUAGAGUUUGGAUGAGUGUCAACAACAAAUCCCAGUCGGAAAUCACUAAAUGGAUUGAGGUACUAAGGACCCAAGCAGGAGAUGUGUCAGCAACCAGACUCCGCAAGUACCAGUACACCGACUACCCCUCCGUGCAGGGGCCCUGGACCCCGUUCACCUUCAAGGACCCGUCACUGAACACCGCCAAGCUUCCUGACCCCAAGUACGGAGCCAACAACAGACUCGGAGAAACUGCCACUGAGAAACUCAGGAAAAUGUUUGAGCAACAGAAAUUGAGUGAAAAGUCCACAGAGUAGCUUUUGAUCUGGAGUUCUGGAGGCCUAGCGUUGCAUGGUUAGAAAAAGGUGUAAAGGACUAUUGCACUUGGUAGCAAGAAAACUAAAGCUCAUGCUAGGCGCACUGGAGUUGGUGUAGAUGGUGUAAGAAUAAGUUGUACAAAAAAAACAGUAGACAAUGUAAUUAAAUAAGUGUAGUUAAGUAAAUUAAACAGAUAUUAGUUAAA